AUGUCUUCAGGAUUCGUCAGUGGCGGUAAAGCUGGCGAGGAAGUAGAGCGCGACGAUGAGUGGAAGAAAGCCCAGCAAGAGAUUGAAGAUGCUAGACGCGCAAAAGCCGAUCUAGCAAAGCAGCAAGACGGAAAGAGUCUCUUCGAAGUCCUACAAGCAAACAAAGACAAAAAACAAGCUGAAUUCGAGGAAAAGGCGCGAUACAAAUUGCAUGUCGCUCUCGACGAUGAGGAAGCUGACUACCUGGACUCGGUGCUUGAAAAGAAGCGCUUGGAGGAAGCGAACGUAAAAAAAGAGACUUUUGAGCAAUUGGACCUAUUCCGCAGACAGCGAGAGGAAGCCGAAAGGAAAGCUCGAGGUCUUGAAGAAGAGAGCACAGAGGCGCCCAAAGAGGAGGAUGUCGGACAGUGGGCAGCAGUCGGGCGGAAGAGGAAGAAGGGUUCUGAAGCUGGUCUGUUGAAGGGUGUCAAACUGAGGAAGUCGAGCUCCGUGACUGAAGAGAAAAACACCAUCGACGAAGCAAAGGCGAAGAAGCAGUCUGCACCGGAUGUUAGGACGAACACACCUUCUGCCACAAGCGGUGGCAACGGCGCAAAAGUUCCUACGACAACAUCCGCAAAUAUAACCAAGUCACCAGCACGGCAGCCCCCAUCCAAGCCCGUGAACACGAUUUCGCUCGGGCUGGGCUAUGCAUCUUCAGACGAUGAAGAUUGA